AUGGCUACAGGUGCCAAUGCCAAGAAACUUACCAGUAUCUUCUUGGGUCUCCUUGACUUACCCUUGGCCUCCAACACCAUAGUAACAAGGGGAAUAGCUGGGAUUGGAAAAUCAGUCCUUGUACAAAAACUCAUGUACGACUGGGCUACAGGUGUUGCAUUGCAGGACUACGAUUUCAUCUUCAUGUUUUCCUUCUAUCAGCUGAGCUUAUUGUCCGAGGAGGGAAUGAAAAUUACUCUACCUGAACUUGUCAAACAAUAUUGCGGUCAAGAGGAAAGCUGUGAGAGCAUUUUGACAAAUGAAUCAAUCCGAUCCAUGUUUAUCUUCGACGGGAUGUCAGACGGUGAACUCAACCUAGACUUUAACAAAUACAUAAUGUGUCGGGAUGUGAACACACCUGUCACAUUCACCACUCUGCUCACCAAUCUCAUCAAAGGGGAACUUGUUCCUUCGGCUACCAUUUGGAUAACCACCCGGCCCGGAACUCGAAACAAAAUUCCUCGUUUACACAUAACCAGGACAACUGAAAUCAUAGGCUUCCAAGACCAGGAAAAGGAGAAGUACUUCCGCAUGCGAUGCAAAGAGGAUGGCCUGGCAGAAAAAAUGAUUCAGGUUGUGAAGAAGCAGAGGAGCUUGUUCGUCAUGUGCACGGUCCCCGCCUUCUGCUCUACUCUGUUUUCUGUCCUGAAAGCUGUGUUAAACUCAGCAGGAGUGGAUGACGUACCCCAAACGUUAACAGAAGUUUACUCCAAAUUUCUGGUUCAUCUGAUUAUAUACCAGCAGGAAAAAAUGAAAGUUGCAGCAGAUGAUGUCCCGGCUCAGACCCUGCAGAAGAAGCAAGACUCAAUCAUUGCACUGGGGAAGCUGGCUUUUGAAAAGAGCUCCAAAGAUGUUAACCAGACAUUCAAUGAGGAAGACUUCACACGGAACAAUAUUGACCUCGCGUUCAUUUGUGGCGGCCUUUGCAAAGAGAUUAAAAUGGAUGAAGGGAAACCCACUUAUGCUUUUGUUCAUUUGGCAUUCCAGGAAUACUUUGCAGCCUUGUAUGUUUUCCUUGCUUUUUACAAUCAGAAAAAGAAUCCCUUUGGAAAAACUAAAGAUAAGAAAGGAUGCCAGGAAUUUUUUCUUAGGUUCCUUUGUGGACUGGGGACGAAAAAAAAUCACGAAAUAUUAAAAGGUCUUUUGGCGGAUGACAAGCCCAAAGAUGACCCCAAGAAAAUCGUUGUAGUCUUGAAAAAGAUCUUGCAGACAAAUAUUCCUCCCAAGCAAACCAUCAAUAUUUUCCACUGCCUAAACGAAUUAGAUGACACCUCUGCCCUCGAGGACACAAAAGCUGCCUUCAAGUCUGGAACCUUUACAUCGGGCACUCUCUCACCAGCGCAAUGCUCAGCGAGGUUGUGUGGAAAAGCGAGGUUUGAUGACUUACCUCCAUUGCAGAAGAGCCAGGAAUAUAGAAUCGGGGGUAAUAAAUUAACUUCCAGCUGCUCUAAUGAUUUGACCUCCAUGAUUACAGAAAACAAGACUCUGGUAGAACUGGACUUGAGUAAUAAUAGGAUAGGUGAGGAAGGACUGAAUCAACUCUGUGAGACACUGAAGAAUGAGGAUUGUAAAUUACAGAAGCUUGGUUUGGCAAAGAAUUCAUUCACAGUACAAAGCUGCACAGAACUCAUCUCAUCUCUGAAAGAAAACCAAAGCCUGAAAGAACUGGAUCUUAGCUUCAACAACUUAGAAAUUAAUGGAAUUAAUUCACUGUGUGAGGUUUUGAGUGGAACAAGCUGCCAAAUUAAUUCACUAAAGGUGAUGAACACCAAAUUAACAAAUGUUUGUUGUGAGACACUUUCUUCUGUGUUAAAAGCUAACCAGACAUUGACGGAGCUGGACCUGAGCAUGAAUGAACUGGGAGAUGAUGGACUUAAUAAGCUUUUCUCCAAUUGUAGUGCUUCAAACUGUAAAUUACAGAAGCUGGGACGAAUAACAAAGUUGCUGAUCCGGAAUCUGAUGGCGUGGGACAUCCAGUAUCGAUACCUCCUGCUCAACGAUAGCAGCGAGAAGAGGGCAUGGCCUGAACAGUGGAGAUCCUUGAUUAUAGAUGCCACCUUAUUGAUGCAACGCCUCAUGUAA